AAGAAAAUAGAGCAGCAAAGGAAGUCAACUAUGUCUAUGUAUUCACUAUUCACACUGUUUCUCCUGCUAUCAUUUGCAGCGUCGCUAUUGAUUCUCCGGCGGGCUGUGAAGCCAAAUCCAGGGCGCCGGAAACUCCCGCCAGGGCCGAACCCUCUUCCCAUAAUCGGAAACAUUCUGGAGCUCGGCCAGAAACCCCACCAAUCGCUUGCCAAACUCUCCAAAGUUUACGGACCCUUGAUGCGUCUCAAGCUGGGAACCAUGACGACAGUUGUGGUAUCCUCGCCGGAGAUCGCCAGGAUCGUGCUGCAGAAGUCUGACCAAGUUCUGUCCAGCAGGACCCACCCGGAUGCAAUCCGUGCCCUGGAUCACCACAAGCUUUCCGUGGCAUGGAUGCCGGUGGACAACCAGUGGCGGAAGCUCCGUAAACUGUGCAAAGAAAAGAUGUUCUCGGUGCAAAGGCUUGACGCGAACCAGAGCCUGAGGAGGGAGAAGUUGCGGCAAUUGAAAGAUUAUGUGAACCGGUGCUGCGCUGAUGGUCAGGCAGUGGAUGUCGGCAGGGCUGCGUUCACUACGUCGCUUAAUCUGUUGUCGGCCACUCUUUUCUCGGUGGACUUUGCUGCGUUUGGUUCCGAUUCGUCUCAGGAGCUCAGGGAUGUGGUGUGGGGAAUCAUGGCUGUCGUCGGCAGGCCUAAUUUUUCGGAUUAUUUCCCCCUUCUUCAGCUGGUUGAUCUACAGGGAAUCUUCCGGGAGAGCACGUUUUAUUUCAGAAAGUGUUUCGCGAUUUUUGAUGAGAUUAUCCAUCAAAGGCUACAAGGUAGUGAUUCGAUGUCAAAGAAUGAUAUGCUGGAAGCGCUUCUUGAUAUCAACCAAAAAAACGAGUCUGAAUUGAGCUUUGAUGACAUCAAGCACUUACUUUUGGAUCUAUUUGUUGCAGGGACAGACACGACUUCAAGCACAGUGGAGUGGGCAAUGGCGGAGCUAAUGCGCAACCCUGAGAAACUGUCAAAAGCUAGAACCGAGCUAAGAAACGUGGUGGGACAGAAGGAAGAAGUUGAAGAAUCGGACAUCUCACGACUCCCUUACCUACAAGCGGUGGUGAAAGAAACUUUUAGGCUCCACCCCACAGUUCCUUUAUUGCUACCGCGCAAGGCCGUGGAGGAUGUAGAGAUCAAUGGGUUCAUGGUCCCCCGAAACACACAAGUUAUCGUGAACGUGUGGGCUAUUGGGAGAGAUUCAAGCGUGUGGCCGAAUCCUGAUACAUUCAUGCCGGAGAGGUUUAUGGAAACGGAAACUGAUUUCCAUGGCCAGCACUUUGAGCUCCUACCCUUUGGUGGGGGGAGGAGGAUUUGCUUGGGUUUGCCGUUGGCCUACCGUAUGGUGCAUCUCGUGCUAGCCACAUUGAUUAGCAACUUUGAUUGGAAACUUGAAGAAGGGCUGAAAUUGGAAGAAAUAGACAUGAAGGAGAAGUUUGGGCUAACACUGCAGAAGGCCAUUCCUCUCAAAGCACUUCCACUUAAACUACUCCAAUGUUGAAAUCAGGCCAAUGUAGAUUGUGUUUGUAUCCUAUUAAUGAUGAAUAAUGUAUGAUUAUAUUUCAUGAGUAGAGAUGCAUGCA